AUGAGCAUGGUGCUGGGGGCGGCGAGGCCGCGACGCUACGGCAGGUUGGGGCUGUGCUGCGUGCACUCAAAGCCACCGCCUUGCGUUGCGGGCGGCACAGAACACUCAUUGCGGCGGCACAAGAGCGUGUCGCACAGCUGCACAUCUACGAGGGGCCACAUGAAGGCGGCGGUGAGCGGAGCGCGAGCAUAUCGUUCUGCUCCACCGGUGGGGAGUCUUCAACGUUGCGCUCGCUGGUUAAUACAUCGGUUGCAGGCGGAGGGGUGGUGGGAGGGGGAGAGGGACGACAGACAAAUGAACGUCGCAAAAGUGCCUCGAGUACUGGUUUUUUUCCCCUCUGCUUGGCUGACGAGUUUGAUCGGACAGCACAACGAUUGCAGGCGGUACUCGAGGACGCCGCAAGGCAGACUGGAGUCGAACUUGACGAGUCUCUCAAUCCAGCGCGCCUUCCUGCUGUGCUGGACCAAGGCGAUCACAACAGCACCGUGA